AAAUGAAAUGAAAAUUUGUGUCCGGUUUCAUGACAGGAAAACACAUUUGGUAAGGGUUUUAAAACAUUGUGGACGUGGGAAAAUGAAAGACAAGCUCACUCCGACACUUCCCUUUCAUCUCUGUUAUGUGACACCUUGCGACAGAAAAUGGGUAUUCGUGGUCUUACUGGUUACAUCUCUAACAACUCUCGUAAAUUUUACGAACCUCUUCAACUUCGUGAUUGUACUUUAGUUAUCGAUGGAUGCAGUCUUGCCUGUCAACUUUACACUCAAGCAUCUGAAUGUAGGUCUGUCUUUGGAGGAGACUAUGACCAUUAUGCUCAGGAAAUAGAUAGUUUCUUCUCUUCUUUGGAAAAAUGUAAUAUCAUGCCAGUUGUGAUAAUUGAUGGAGGAUAUGAAGGUCGAAAGCUUAAGACAAUUUUAAGCAGAUUCAAAGAUAAGAUUAAUGCUGCAAAAAUAUGUACUCCUAGCAACCAAAGGGGAUCAGUUGUUUUUCCAUUGCUUCUGAUGGAAGCUUUCAAACAGACACUUUUGAAAAGAAAUGUUAAAUUUGUUCAAACAGAUUUUGAGGCUGAUCAUGAAAUUGCUGCAAUAGGAAGGCUCUUGAACAGUCCGGUUUUAAGCAAUGAUUCAGAUUUUUAUAUUAGUGAUGUUAUGUAUAUUCCGUUCCCGACUUUAAAUUCAUGUCCACUGAAGAUUGAACAAGAGAACUGUGUUAAAUACUAUCUCAACUGUCAAGUGUACAAGGUUGAACGUUUAGUUUCAACUUUUGGAGGAUUUGAUAGGCGCCUUCUGCCUCUUAUAUCAUUUUUAUUAGGAAAUGAUUAUGUCAACUCCUGUGUCUUCCACAAAUUUGUUGAGCAGAUCAUGUUACCUAAAUACAAGAAAACAUCGCCUCAACAUGGAAAAUUAUCUUCAAUUUUUGAGUGGCUAAAGACUGAAACUUUAGAAUCUGCCACUGCCAAGAUGCUGAACCAUUUAAAGAAGAAACAACGGGCUUACGUCAAACAUCAAAUUGAACUUGCCAUUGCUGCCAAUAGCUGUUUUCAUAGUGAAUUUACCUCUUACCUCGGUUUAGAUAAAGAAGGAUUUGAGACGGUGACAGCUGUGCCCUCAUGUGGUUUGAUGUCACCAUCCUCAGAACAAGACACGUCUGAAAACUCAGAGGAUGAUGGCGAUGACUCAGAUUGUGAUCUAGAUGAAGAAAAUGAAUCUCAUGAGGCCAAUUCUUUAUUUCCUCUUAGGCUGAGAGAAAAAUUUCGCAAAGGGGAACUUCCCACUUUUUUAUCAGACAUUUUUCAUUUGCAUUUAUACUUUUGCCACCCACAAGUGGAUGACUUUUCCUGUAGUGAUUCUCACAGCUUGAGUUUUCCUAUCCUUAAAAUAAUUUAUGGGUUCCUUCAACAUGGAGCUGAAGUUGAAUCUCCAGAUAAAAUUGAUGGUAGUCUUACAUGCUACACAAGAAGUGUUACUGCCGGUUGUCAGAUGAUAGAACUCCAGCCUACCAAAGAACUGCCAGGAUUUUCUCCAUUACCUUCUCUUUUGACUCUAUCUAGUUUACCCUUGUCAGUAAGGAAGCAGCUACUGUUUUCCUCACUUUGCAUUUUUGAUAAGAAAGAUGUAGACAUAGUGGAAACUUUGAGUGAAGAUUGGAAACUUUUUGCAUCAGUUGUUAUUUUUUGGGCCAGAACUACAUCAUUUCCUAAAAUUACCUGUCAUCAUCUGCAUUCUUUGCUUAUUUGUAUGAUAGCUCUAGGAGUUGUUGACAGAAUAGUAGGCCGUAUUCGCAAUAAAAAGAAACUGGCUUCAAAAAGGGCACACUGCUUGAAAAAUGUAAAUCAGGAGAAUAAUGAGUCCAGUAAUCUAAAAACCCAAGGGAAUGUGCAUUUGUUAAAAAUAUCAGUAUCUGAAUGUUUGAGUUUAGCUGAAUCUCUUCUGCCAUUCUAUCAAUUCCAGAGCAAACAGUUUUCACGGCAAAUUGUGCAUGUAUUCGCUCAGUUUCAAGCAUGCUUGAGUAUGGCUAUGACACUGAAUUCUCUUCUUGAAUUCCCUGUUUCUCAGUGCCAGUUAUCUGAAACCUUCUCAGGAUCACUGGCUUAUGCUGCCUUUGUGAAUUUAAAGAAUAAGAAAGAUGUGGGAGCAUACGUAAGUACUCUCAUGGGCACAGCACCCUCAUUGUAUCAAAUGUACAAAGAUAUACAGGAUAAGUUAACAAGUCUUUUACCCGAACUUGAUGUUUGCAUUAAGGGUAGACGAAAGACAAAAAACAAAAGUUGUCGACCAACUCCAAAGGAAAACUUAGCACAGCAAGGGAAAGGAGCACCCAGUGGGUCUCAAACUAAUAUUAGCAACAACAGAUUUUCUCUCCUAAGUGCCUAAAUAUAUUAAUAAAUUGUUUCCAGAAUCUC